AUGCCUCUCUGAAAUGCCAAAAUGGGUGUGGAGAAUGGUUCUUUGGUGACCAAAUUCAUUCUGCAGGGAUUGACAAAUGAUCCUGAUCUCCAGUUACCAUUGUUCUUUCUCUUUCUGCUAAUAUACACAACAACAGCACUGGGGAAUUUGUCCUUGAUCAAUUUAAUUGCACUGAAUUCUCACCUUCACACCCCCAUGUACUUUUUCCUUUUAAACUUGUCCUUCAUUGACCUUUGUUAUUCAUCUGUAAUUACACCCAAAAUGCUGAUGAACUUCUUAGUAAGGAAGAACUUUAUCUCCUAUGCAGGAUGUAUGACCCAGCUCUAUUUCUUUGUUUUUUUUGCUGUUAGUGAAUGUUGUGUUCUGUCAUCAAUGGCCUAUGAUCGUUAUGUGGCUAUAUGCAAUCCACUCUUGUAUAACAUUGCUAUGUCUCCCAAGGUUUGUUCCUAUCUUAUGCUUGGUUCAUACACAAUGGGAUUUUCUGGUGCUAUGAUCCACACUGGAUGGAUGCUUAGACUGACCUUCUGUGAUAGGAGCACUAUCAACCACUAUUUCUGUGAUCUACUCCCUUUGUUGCAGCUCUCCUGUACCAACACCUAUGCAAAUGAGAUUGAGAUUAUUAUUGUAGGUGGGAUUGAUAUCAUUGUUCCCAGUAUCAUCAUUUUUACCUCUUAUGGCUUCAUUCUCUCUAACAUCUUUCAAAUGAGAUCCACUGAGGGCAGAUCCAAAGCCUUUAGCACCUGCGGUUCCCACAUAAUUGCUGUUUCUUUAUUCUUUGGUUCAGGUGCAUUUAUGUAUCUUCAACCCUCUUCACCUGAGUCUAUGGAUCAGGGGAAAAGGUCUUCUGUAUUUUAUACCAUAUUGGUUCCUAUGAUGAACCCCUUAAUCUAUAGUUUGAGGAACAAAGAUGUUAAAAUUGCCCUGAAAAAAACAUUUAGCACGAGGAGGUUUAGAUGA